AUGGACGCCUUUUGCACGCGGCUAGAUGCGCAAAGACGCGCCCCCGACUCGAGAAGAGAAGCCCUUGCCCUCUCGCGACGCUGCGGAGACGCGGCGCGGCGUUGUGUUCACACCCCAGCCGUCCACCCCGCAGGCCAGCGGCAGGGCGUGGCGAGGAGUGCGACCAUCUUCGUGUUCGACGGCGAGCCGCUCGCGGCCAACAUGGCGCCAAAGGACUACGAGAUGGAGGACGGGGACAUCAUCGACGUGGUCACGCCGGGCCACCCCGAGUACGCGCAGCAGCUGGCUCGCCUCACCGCCCUGGGGCUGGGCACAGACGGGCCCCCCGACCAGGCGGGCGCCAGCAUCUUCGCGCAGGCCGUCGCGGCGGGCGAGCAGGCGGCGCUCGAGUGGCGGGACCGGCGGGCGGCGGAGGAGGCGCGCGCCGGGUCGGCGUCGGACACGCGGCGGCAGCGGAACCCGCGGUCGAGGCGCGCCGGGUCGUCGUCGCGCUCGAGCCGGUCGAGGUGA